GAAACAAGUAGAGGAAGAGGAGGAGGUUUCAGAGGAACUAGAGGACAGCAACGAGGAAGAGGAGGAAUCGGGAGAGGAAAAGGGAAGGGAGGAAGAGGAGGGCAGAGGAAAGAAGUAAAAUCUAAAGGGAGAUAUUUUUCCUGAUAAUUAAUUUAUUAUUUAAUUUUAUUUAAUAUUCAUUGUUAAUUUUGUAAAUUAAAAAUGUCUUCCACAUCUGUAAUGAUUCGACUUAUUUCUGCUUCUGUUUGUGCCGCUAAUAAAUCUGGAGCCAUCAUCAGAGAAGUACUGAAAACAGGAGAGCUGGGCAUUGUCCAGAAAGGUGUGAAUGAUCCUCAAACAGAAGCUGAUAGGAGAGCUCAGAGAUGCAUUUCAGCCACCAUUCAAAGUAGAUUCCCUGAAAUCAACCUGAUCGGUGAAGAGGAUGUUGCAGUUGAAAGUGAUGACUAUACAUUGGUCAAACCCGACGAAGAGAGUGACGAUGUCUUAAAAGAGACGUGCCCUCCAGAUUUAGUAAACCUUAAAGAAAAUGACUUGACGGUGUGGGUCGACCCUUUGGAUGGCACAAAAGAAUUCACUGAAGGUUUCCCUGAACAUGUGACUGUAUUGAUUGGUAUAUCGUAUAAUGAAAGACCAGUGGGUGGGGUCAUUCAUCAACCGUUCUACGGACCAACAGGACGUACAGUAUGGGGUCUAGUAGGAGGAGCAGUGAAGGGUAUGACACCAGUGGCUUCAGGGGACCCUGGAGAGAAGCUAAGUGAAGGAGGACUGAGGAUUGUCGUUACUAGAUCACACAUGAGCCAGACUGUUAGGGACGCUGUUGAUGCUUUGAAUCCAAAAGAGGUAUUACACGUUGGAGGCAGCGGCAAUAAGAUCCUCAUGGUAUUAGAAGGAGCAGCUGAUGCUUACGUGUACGCUAGCACUGGAACCAAGAAAUGGGACACUUGUGCAGCAGAAGCACUUGUAAUGGCAGCUGGCGGUAAACUGACAAACGUUCAUGGCUCCCACCUCCUCUAUAACCCAACACAAAUUAUGAACAGCAAGGGAGUUGUCGUUACUAUGCGUGGGCAUGAUGACCUCAUUGCUAGGAUACCGUCACCUGUCAAAGCUAAAUUUUGCUAACUUCAUGAAGAAGAAUGAUUAGGAUACCUUUAAAUUUAUUUUUCACAUAUUUAUUAUUAUAAUAGCAUAUUAGGGAAAACUUUGAAAAAAAUAAUAAUUAAUUUGCAAAAAUCAUCAAUCUUAAUAUGUAAUUGACAAAUUCAGCAAUUAAGAUGUUACACUAAUAAUAAUAAUAAUAAUAAUAAUAAUAAUACAUGUAAUAAUUGGCAAAAAUUAUAGAAUGAAAAGACACAGAAAAAGCAACUAUAACAAAGAGCAUGCUCAGUGCAUCAAUAAUUAGAA